AUGAGUGGUGAUAGUUCAACAUUGAAUCUCUCAUACUUAGACACAACCACUUCGGUUCAUUCCCCGGCCUACAAGAAUAAAGCUGAAUAUAAUUUACCGCAUAAACGUAGAAGUCUUGAAAGUUUGACACCGAUUGAUCUAAAUAAAAUCAUUAAACUGACUUCUAGCAAUAAUUUAAAUAUAAAAGAAGAGCAAUUAAUCUUUCAACUUGAAAAUGGCUUGGAUGAUUUGUAUCAAAAGGAAGUUGGAUUGAUGAGCUCAAAAAAAAUAAUAGAAAGCUUUCCGGAUUCAAACACAAGCACAACGGGGCAACAGAAUCCAUUAAAAGAAACAUUUUUGUCUCUGUCAAAAGGUUCUCCUAGUCUGAUGAUGGACUUUAAUCCGGAAAACUGUGACAAAGACAAUUGUGUGGGGAGAGAAGGUAACGAAAACAUAUUAAAGAAAGGCGUAAACAAAAAAAUAGUUUGGCUGUACGAUGCGGAUUUUUUUACAGCAUUCAAAGAUCCCAAGGUACCAUAUAUCCUUUCUCUUUAUUUGCAAUUGUUUUUGAAUUUAUUGAUGGUUUCUGCCAUUCUAUACUUCUUAUUUUUAUUUACAAAGACAAUUCGAUCAGAUAUCAAUCAAAAAAUAGAGAUUUAUACUACGGAUGCAAUGCAAGAGAUAAAUCUUUGUUCGAGACAUUUUUUUAGAAAUAAGUGCUCCACGGAAAAUGGAAAUAAAAGAGUCCCAGCGUUGGAAGGAGCUUGUACUUCUUGGAGCAAGUGCAUGAACAGAGAUCCUCAGCUAAUUGGCAAAUCAAUGGUUACUGCUGAGACAUUUGCGGAUAUAAUUAAUGGAUUUCUCAAACCCAUAACCUGGAAAUCACUAGCUCUCUUUGUCUCCUUUGUAUUUGGAACUAUCCUAACAACAAAAUUAGCCUAUAGCAGUUAUAGAACUGACCCAAGUUUGUACAUGUCUACUGAUAGUGACAAGAUACGACAUCUAGAGCAAAUAAUCAUAAGGCAGGAGCAAGCAUUAGAAAAAUACCAUGAUCUUGAGAAGACCAUUAACUCCUUAAAAAAGACAUACGAGAACGAUUAUUAUUUUAGACUGCCCGGUGAUACUCGGACCAUAUCCAAUAUGGAUACAUAG